AAUAGAAGAGCGAGUUGACCUUUCAUAAAAACAUACAGAAGUGAAAAGUAGAGAGGGAACCCAGGCACAUUUCUGAAGUCCUAACAUUGAUUGAUUAAGAGUUCUUUGAGUCCUUUGUUGUAUUUCAGAUAACAAGUUUAAACAACGUUGUGUUUGGGUUUAAAUGAUAAACUGGCUGAUAAACUUAUUUGAUUUAAUUUAAAUAUUCGGCCACCAAUCUGAAUCUGAAACAAAAAAUGAGAUUAGUCCUAACCCCCAGUACGAAAAUUGUACUAGGCUGGUAAAUAAUUUACCUUACUUUGUAAUUUGUUUUUCGAAGUGGCUAUUCGGACCCGGGUAUCAGAAGUGAGAGGUUGGGAUUAAAAAAUGUUAUUUUUGGGUUUGUAAGACUAAUUUCGGUAUCAACAAAUGAACGAUAAUUGAAUGGACUAAAUCAUAAUAUUAAUAUGUUUGUAAACUUACUUCUGCAGUUUAGGCCCUAACUAAAAUAAACUACCACAAAUCAAAAUGACAUCUGAAUAGCAUUUAGUCUAAAGGGACCUGGGUCGGAAUAGGGCUUGUCAUUUAAUGGCGGAAAUCUAUUAACGGAACUGAUGUCAUCAUUACUCAUCAUCCGGGUACACAUCGCUGACAAAAUGUCAGCACUGUUCAGUAUUACUAUGUUAGGGGAUUGUCCCUGAAACUUUUUUACAACUCUAUUUUACGAAAUAUUUUACACAUUUUUUUUGUGCUUUUUUUUCCGAAAUAAGAACUCAUUGCGCGAACGGCAUAUGUAACAGUGACUCUAGAUACAAGGAUCGUCCGAACGAUAUGCUGCAACACACUAUAAGCUGCCAAGUUUUAAGCUAUAUUUGUCAGCCGACCUUCUAAAAAUAGUACGCUAUGACGUUUUCCGGUCUGAGAAAUGACAAAGCCUAUAGUGGUUAUGCGUUAGUGGUAUUAAAUUUAAAUACAGUUUAUUUAAUUAUUAAUAGAAAAAAAAACACACACACACUACAGUUCUUGAUAAGAAUUACACACCAGUUUUCUAAUUAUGGUUUAUUACUCAAAGUAGUUACUACCUCAUUUUAAGGAUUCCCACAAUAGUCAAUAGCUAAACUAUAUUACAUGGAUCCUAGUCGAACCUCACUCAGAUUCUGUGUUUAGGUUGCCUACUGAUCCUAAACUUUGGGCUGAAGUUAAUUUUGACAGAGUACAGACCAAUAGGCAUAGGAUUUAAGCUUCCAUCCAACCUUGAAAAAUAUUGCAUUGCUAUUUUUUAACUAAUGUUGUGUGCAAAAUGUUUUUUCUAAAUCCAGUGAAAAACCGCAUAAAAUCUUGCAAUGGCCAUAAAACUUUUUAAAAAAUACAAAGUACGGGUAAACUGUUUGCGUGUUUGGUGUAUGUACCGAUGAUAAACAAUUGACAAAGAAAACCCUUGUUAUAGUGAUUGGAUAACUAUCAAAUACCAGUAGUAUAGGGUGACCAAAUCAUGAACUGGAAAUAACGGGACACACCCAAGGAGGGUUUGGGGGAUACCCUCCAGCUAAAGUAGGGUCCGGGGGCCUCCGCCGGCAACUGUUUAUUGAAAUAUGUUCAGUUGAACUAUUUUGAGAUGUAGAAAUCUUUUUAAUUCACCUUCACUUUUGUAAUUUAAUUUAAACUCUGAGGCAUAUCAUAAACGAAAACAAUAAUUUUGCAGUGAAUACUUAUUUUUUAUACAUAUAAGAUCUAUGGCAGGGACACUGUCGUUUAUGCAGCGUCGGCAGAGUGGUGGAAGGGGAACAGUGCAGUCAUCACGCGACCCCACAUUUGGCACUGGCUACACAGCUAUCCAAAAUAUUACUUGAAGUUAUAUUAUAAAUUAGGAAGUUUUAGUGAUUUGAAAAUGUGUUUGGUUUUAGAAACGGGACAUUUAGGUGUCCCAAGAGACUUUUUCGGGACACAGGGUACGAUCGUGAAAAAAUGAGACAAUCCAGUUUUUACGGGACGUUUGGUCACCCUAUUAGCUAUUAUUCAUCAAGGAACUUAAGCAAUUUAGCAGAAAUCUCAGGUUCUAUUUACAUGCUAGACAAGGUGACAGUGUUAACUUGUUUAUAUAUUCGAUGAAGAAUGAACCUGUUUUGGCUUAAUUUAUGCUGACCCAUUUUGAGUAUUCUUUUGUUUCCCCCACUGAAUGUCUUAAUCAAAAUAAAGUUGGAUAUUUGUUUCUCAAUCAAUCACAGUAUUUGUUUUGUUUUCAGGACAGCUAUAAUCUCCAUUGGCCUCUUUGGAUUUACGGUUGCCAGAGAUUCUGUGAUUCAGAAUAGAAAAGCUCUAAUGGACAUGAAAAAGAGGAUAAGAGAACAGGCACGUGUAGAGGGUGAAGCAGAAUUGGAGAGAAAAUUCUUAGAAAGACUUGAAAGAGAAAGAAAGAAUGAUAUCACAGCUUCCUGAUGAUGAAAAUGCUAUGUAUUUAGAAUGUAAAUUGUUGAAUUGAAAUAUAUUAUUGUUAUUUGAGUGUAUAAUACCGGUACAAUUGAGUGUAAUACAUUUGAGUGUAUGUAAUGUAUGGAUAUAGUUCAUUGAUUAAUGAGAAUGAAAGUGGUUGAAUGUAUCUUUAUAUUAUUUGACAAUACAAUUUUAAAGCAUUAAAAAGUCUGUUUUUUCAUUAUGUCUGACAUUAUUUCUAUAAUUGGUAAUUCUUUAAAAUAAUAAAAAAAUGAACAUCUUAAGGAUAUUAAUUUUAUUUUGAGAUAAACAAGAUCCUAUUAUAAUCUUUACAAUUUUAACUGUCUAUGUUAAAAAUGAACUAGCGCUACCCACUGCAUUAUUAGCAUGUCAAAUUCAAUAAACACAAUAAUUAAAGAAA